UUAUUUCGGAUCGGUGCCAGGGGCAGGAGUGUCCGAACCUUACCCAUUUCUCAUGCGCAAACUCGAUCACCUGUGUCGAUCUCAGAGGUGUAGGCGAAGCUACUUUGGACGGUGGAACGAAUAGGAUGGAUGGAGCAGCAAGCGAGGGAGGAGGAGGGAUGCGGAGCCAUGAAGCUGUGAUGAAUAACUUGGCGAUGCAAGACAUUGUCGUUGCAGGACAUCGACAUCAAGGAGAUACGUUCGGUCCACUGGACAAAGACAAUAGAGCUGGACAAGCGGCAUCGAGCGGCGUGGGAGUGUUUCUGGAGAUCUUGAAGGUAAAGUCUUUAAAGAUCCCACCGCCGAACCAUCGUGAACGCGCCGAGUCGUCCAAAACGACAUUGCAGAUCGUCGAACCUGGGGCGGCCAAAAUCGAAGACACCCUCGGGCUUUCUAGUCGCAAUACGAACAGCAGCAACAGCAGCAGCAACAGCAGCAAUGGCAGCAAUAGCAAUUGGAGCCGUGUCAAAUUACCCGUCUCAGCAGGACCAGCGCCUCCAGGAGACUCGGUCGCUGCCACCAAUCCCUGGACCAGUCUCUAUAACCAAACCCACGUCGACGGAUCCUGGGGGUGCCGGUACAUUUGUCCAGGACCACAUCCAAAAUCGACCCCACCCCCGCCGGCGAGAUCUACAGUCCACCCCUUCACCCCAGCCUCAACCUCAACCUCAACCCCAACCCGCCAUCAGGGCACGGCGCCAUGGUCGCCUUCCUGGAUGUCGCACAGGACAACCUUGGCCUCGUCCAGGGCUACGACGGUCAGAUCUCGGGCCUCCUCGGUCUCGCACGCGCACCCCCCACGGGUCGGAAAACUUUUCUUCAGGAACUGGUUGACUAGGGGCUCGUUGGCCCAACCCGUGAUCUCCAUGCACCUCGAGCAUGACGGCGGGAUCGUUCUUCUUGGUGAAAUCGAUCGUGAACAAUAUACGGGUGAAUUGAUCUACAAUCCCGUGACGGAUCUGGUCUCUUGGCAGAUCUCUCUUCUCUUCAAGGCCUAGGCGUCCGUUCCCGAGACCGCGCUGCAUUCAUAUCCAACAAUACCGAUAGCCCUAACAGUGGGUCAAAAAUGUAACCCCAACAGAGCCUCUUCCAAGACGCACCUCUGAUCCUCGACAGCGGGACCUCUUCACUCCUCAUCCCAACCGUGGCCUCCAAAGUCAUCCACCACCAUCUUUCCGGGACUUGGGAUCCGCUCUACCUGAUUUGGUUCUUGCCAUGUACGGGACCCGAUCUUGUCUGGUGGAUCACCUCCGAACACGGGAUCGUCCAGUCGUACGAGAGUCUGGU